CAACAAAUGGCUAUUCGGUGUCAGUUUGAGGCGAGUGAUGAAGUGGGUGCAUUUUGUAAAUUAACAAACAGCUAUUGUCUCAUUGGAAUUGGUGCAUCGGCGAAUUUUUACAGUCUGGUGGAAGCUGAAUUAGCAGAUACGAUUCCAGUUAUUCAUUGUUCAAUUGCUGGUACUAGGAUUGUUGGACGUAUAACAGUUGGCAAUAGGCAUGGUUUGCUUGUUCCAUACGCUACCACCGAUCAAGAAUUGCAACAUAUCAGGAACAGUCUGCCAGAUUCUGUUAAAAUAAAACGUAUUGAUGAGAAAUUAUCAGCGCUAGGAAACGUUAUUGCUUGUAAUGAUUAUGUUGCUAUGGUCCAUCCGGAAAUAAGUAAAGAAACAGAGAAGGCAAGUUUCCUAUUUUUUAAGUCAUUUUUAUACGAAAAUUUCUAUUUUAUUUCAUUAGUGGUGGGUCAUUUUCAGGCUCUGAAAGAAAUUUUGAAUGUUGAGUGUUUUAAAGUUGGCCUUGGUCCGCAAGCAUUGGUUGGAUCAUAUGGCGCAAUUACAUCAAACGGAGCAUUGGUUGCGGCUAAAACACCUGUUGAGGUUCAAAGAGAAAUCGCUUCUCUUUUACAAGUUCCUGUGGUUGCGGGCACUGUUAACAGAGGUUCGGAAUUGGUUGGGGCUGGUUUAUGUGUAAAUGAUUGGAUAGCAUUUGUUGGUUUAAGUACAACAAGUACUGAGAUGUCUGUUAUCGAAUCAAUCUUUAAACUCGGUGACAGUUUACCAUCGGCAAUAACCAGCAAUUUACGUGACACACUUAUUGAAAGUAUGUUAUGA